AUGAUUCAAGCUGAUCUGGAGAGUUCGAGCAUCGAGGAUGAAAAUGUCCACCUUUUUCUUUUCGUUCAUGGUCUCUGGGGAAAUCCGAAUCAUAUGCUGACAAUAGAAAAGGCGGUAAAGAGAUCCGUUUCACCCAUAUCGAGCGAAAGAAUUGUCACGAUGAAGCUGUCGUCGUUUCGCUUUUGGAAAACUUACGACGGAAUUCAAAGAUGUGGUGAGAGCACUAUUGCAGAUCUUUUCUAUGAGAUUGAAACUCUCAAACUCAAAAAUAAAUCUCAUGUGUCCAAAAUUAGUAUCAUUGGGUAUUCUCUAGGUGGACUAAUUUCCAGAUACGUGAUCGGGCGGUUGCACGAAUUGGGAUUUUUUGAGGAAGUCAUCCCCAUAUUCUUUUGCACAUUUGCUACCCCUCAUGUUGGGAUACACUUUUUCAAAGAUACUGUCUUUGAUAAAGUCGCAAAUCGUAUGGGAAAGCGUCUUUUUGGUAAAACGGGGUUUCAAUUGUUUUUGGGGGAUUCAGAGACAUUAUUAGUGAAGAUGACACUUCCAGAAUCGCAUCAUGUUAAAGGACUACGUCUAUUCCAAAAGCGCAUUCUCUUGGCUAAUAUAAAGAACGAUCGAACCGUCCCAUUUUAUACCAGCUUCAUCACGGAGUACUCGCCUUUCGAUCUGUUGAAUUCCAUUAAAAUUCAAUAUUUUGAAGUUGAACCUUCAGCAAAAGUCAAUAAUGUCACUGUGUGGCCUAAAUUUGUUGACCUUCGUCGCUCAUCCAAAAUCACAAGCAAAAAAAGUAAACAUCGUAAUGUGCAAGAAGCAACAUCGAUCUUGAGAUCAAACAUUAUUUUUCGCUACACGCUUCUUGUUUUUGCUGCUUUGGUCCUAUUCCCAUUCUAUCUCCCUCUAAUUAUUUGCUUGUCUUUCUACGUUUCUGGAUAUAGCGUAUUGAAGGUGAGACUAAUCAAUGGGCCAGAUAUUGUUGAACAUUGGUCUAGUGUCAAAAUGUCUGUAUUCCGUGGAGGAUUGGUCGAUGUUAAUCAUGCAGAGCUAGGAGACACCAGAAGACAGGAGAGGAAAAAAAUGUCACGCCAUCAGUCAUUCAAAGGUGAUACCUCCAAUCUCACAGAAAACACAAUGGAAAAAAUGUUAGCUGCUGAGGAGAGAUUUACGUCUGAUCAGGCUGACAUGAUUGACGAGGAAAAAUCAAGUGAUGAGAUUGACGAGACAGUACUUGCAGGUUCAAAGCUGAGAGAUAUAUCCAUACGGGAACCUGACGAAGAAUCUGCCGAUUGGGUAUCGUUCCUGGACGAUUCCAGCAAUGAAACGAAUGGAUUGAGUACCUCAUGCGUUGAGCAGCAAGACCGUGGUCUUCUGCAAACUUCAAAGAAGAAGGAACUUAUCGAAAUCCCUGUCCUCGGGUACGACCAAGCAAUCAAGAAUCAUGCAGAAUUACUUGUUUGGGAUAGUUCUGAGUCUCCUUCCUUGUUCGAGGAUAACGUUAAACUUCCUCUUUCAGAAAACGAAUCUACUAUUGUUCAAAAUUUGAAUAAAUUGGACUGGAUCAAAAUCCCCAUUUACCAUGAUCUGUUCAACGCACACGAUAGUAUAGUCGCGAGAAGAGGUGAUAUGAGAAAUCCAAAGGGAACUUGCACAUUGUUUUUUUGGGCGUCCAUCCUUCGAAAUCAUAUUCGUGAGGAAGAGACGAAAUAA